UUUGUGGUACUUGAAUGGGAACUACUUGGUUAUCAUGGUCUCUAUUAGCGUUAUCCUUCCAUUGGCCCUGAUGAAGCAGCUGGGUAAGUUGCACCUUUUCUCCUCUUCUCCUCUCCUCUAACCUCGUAUGUGUCACCAACCAGGUAACAAACCUGUGUUGUCUACACAACUCAAUACUGUUUUACUUAACUGAGCUAAAGCCAAGCCAUUAGGCUCUGGGAGCUAACAUGAAUCUUCAGGUCUCCGGCAAGGUUACUAAUUAAUAGUGUAGUUCACUGAACCACCACUACACCACCAACAGUAAAGUGUCUUAUGAAAGCCACGGCCAGCUUUACAUUAGGUCAACCAAUCAUUACAUUAUAAAUAAUAAUUACAUUAUAAAACCGAAAUCAACGUAUUUCUUGAAUUGUGUAUCGGAAAAUGGUGGUAAUCCAGUCAAAUCUUUUAAACAAAACUCCACCCCCUCGUAGCCCCAGCAGGUUGACAGCCUCUGGUCCCAUACUAGACUAAAUGGAAAUGUGUAGUGCUUUUAAUAACCAUUUUGCUUCAGCUGGCCACCUGUUUGAAAGGAUAGUCUAUGAAAAUGUAUCUCAUUCCACUAGAGGGAGUCCUUUAGUCACCUCAGAAUAGAGUGUAGAGAAUUAUGCUCUAAUAGACUCACAUAUUUUAUUUUAAUUUCAACCAUUUGAUGUCUAUGCUGUAUUAAGUGCCGUGCUAAAGAUCGAUGUAAAUAAAUCCACAGGGGUUGAUUCACUUGACCCCUUCUUACUACAGCUCUCUGCCCCACUCAUUGUUGAACCUUUAACAUUUACUUUAAACUUGACAAUUGCUACUGGUGUUAUCCCUAAGAUUUGGAAAGCAGCACGUCAUCCCCCUACAUAAAGGCAGAGAUCCUUCUGACAAGUUAACUUGCCUUGCCAAGGUAUUCAAAUCCCUGACCAGCUCCCAGCUAAGAACCUUUUUAACUUCUCACUCUAUUCUAAAUGCACUCUAUAUGCACCAACCUGGUUUUAGAUCUGGACAUAGCAUUGUUUCAGCAACUAUACUUGUUUUAGAUGAUGUGUUAAAUUGCCUAGAUCAUAAAAAACAUUGUGCUGCCUUAUUUAUAGACCUCUCCAAGGCAUUUGACACCGUUGACGAUUCCCUACUUAUUCAAAAACUGUCUGAAAUCGACCUGUUUAAGAACUAUUUGACAGACAGGACACAAUGUGUAGUUUCCUCGAUAUUACGAAAGGUGUACUGCAGGGGUAAUUUUGAGACCUGUUGUCUUUACUAUUUAUAUAAAUAAUAUUGGUCUAUGUAUUAAAUCCUGAAUGUAGACGAUACAGUUACAGUGGGGAAAAAAAGUAUUUAGUCAGCCACCAAUUGUGCAAGUUCUCCCACUUAAAAAGAUGAGAGAGGCCUGUAAUUUUCAUCAUAGGUACACGUCAACUAUGACAGACAAAAUGAGAAAAAAAAAUCCAGAAAAUCACAUUGUAGGAUUUUUAAUGAAUUUAUUGACAUAUGAUGGUGGAAAAUAAGUAUUUGGUCAAUAACAAAAGUUUCUCAAUACUUUGUUAUAUACCCUUUGUUGGCAAUGACACAGGUCAAACGUUUUCUGUAAGUCUUCACAAGGUUUUCACACACUGUUGCUGGUAUUUUGGCCCAUUCCUCCAUGCAGAUCUCCUCUAGAGCAGUGAUGUUUUGGGGCUGUCGCUGGGCAACACAGACUUUCAACUCCCUCCAAAGAUUUUCUAUGGGGUUGAGAUCUGGAGACUGGCUAGGUCACUCCAGGACCUUGAAAUGCUUCUUACGAAGCCACUCCUUCGUUGCCCGGGCGGUGUGUUUGGGAUCAUUGUCAUGCUGAAAGACCCAGCCACGUUUCAUCUUCAAUGCCCUUGCUGAUGGAAGGAGGGUUUCACUCAAAAUCUCACGAUACAUGGCCCCAUUCAUUCUUUCCUUUACACGGAUCAGUCGUCCUGGUCCCUUUGCAGAAAAACAGCCCCAAAGCAUGAUGUUUCCAACCCCAUGCUUCACAGUAGGUAUGGUGUUCUUUGGAUGCAACUCAGCAUUCUUUGUCCUCCAAACAUGACGAGUUGAGUUUUUACCAAAAAGUUAUAUUUUGGUUUCAUCUGACCAUAUGACAUUCUCCCAAUCCUCUUCUGGAUCAUCCAAAUGCACUUCAGACGGGCCUGGACAUGUACUGGCUUAAGCAGGGGGACACGUCUCGCACUGCAGGAUUUGAGUCCCUGGCGGCGUAGUGUGUUACUGAUGGUUGGCUUUGUUACUUUGGUCCCAGCUCUCUGCAGGUCAUUCACUAGGUCCCCCUGUGUGGUUCUGGGAUUUUUGCUCACCGUUCUUGUGAUCAUUUUGACCCCACGGGGUGAGAUCUUGCGUGGAGCCCCAGAUCGAGGGAGAUUAUCAGUGGUCUUGUAUGUCUUCCAUUUCCUAAUAAUUGCUCCCACAGUUGAUUUCUUCAAACCAAGCUGCUUACCUAUUGCAGAUUCAGUCUUCCCAGCCUGGUGCAGGUCUACAAUUUUGUUUUUGGUGUCCUUUGACAGCUAUUUGGUCUUGGCCAUUGUGAAGUUUGGAGUGUGACUGUUUGAGGUUGUGGACAGGUGUCUUUUAUACUGAUAACAAGUUCAAACAGGUGCCAUUAAUACAGGUAACAAGUGGAGGACAGAGGAGCCUCUUAAAGAAGAAGUUACAGGUCUGUGAGAGCCAGAAAUCUUGCUUGUUUGUAGGUGACCAAAUACUUAUUUUCCACCAUAAUUUGCAAAUAAAUUCAUUAAAAAUCCUACAAUGGGUUUUUCUGGAUUUUUUUUUCUCAAUUUGUCUGUCAUAGUUGACGUGUACCUAUGAUGAAAGUUACAGGCCUCUCUCAUCUUUUUAAGUGGGAGAACUUGCACAAUUGGUGGCUGACUAAAUACUUUUUUCCCCCACUGUAUGUAUGCCAUUGCACCGACUGUUGAUCAAGCUAUGUUAGAGCUGCAAUCUGGUUAUUACAUUACAGAAAGCCCUUGUUGAUUUAAAACUUGUACUUAAUCCGGGCAAAACAAAAUAUAUGUUGUUCUCUAAUUCACGGAAAUGGGCUACAUAUUCACUCAACUUUCCUGCCAGUUCUUGACUAUGGUGACACCAUUUACCAGAAUGCAGCAGCUACUACUCUUAAACCUUUGGAUGCAGUGUACCAUAGCGCACUUCACUUUAUCACAGGUGACAGUUUUAAUACUCAUCAAUGCAUCCUGUAUCAGAAGGUCGGCUAGACCUCACUAAAGUCCCGUAGAUCACUUCAUUACUCCCUUCUUGUUUACAAAGCUCUGCUCCACACGUUUCCAAACCCGUUCGCAGGGCUGGUUGACUCUUGAGGUCCUGCUUGUCUCCACAAAGUUAGGGUAAUCCGCCUUUAGUUUUAAUGCACCACAGUUAUGGAAUACCUUACAAAUCAAAUUACACCUGGAUUCCGUGGUGCCGAUAGGGCAGUUUAAAACUCUGUUGUUAAAUUAGUUCACUGAAGUGUGCAAUUGUUUAAAAUUAUUAUUAUAACUUGUAAUAACAUGAUGUAAUGUAUUUAUUGCUGUCUUGUAUAUAUAUAUAUAUUUUUAUUUUUAUUUUUUGCUUUAUUCAUGGUUUCUUGCUCUCAGGGCAGCAUUGUAAAUGAGACACUGGUCUCAAUUGGGUUCCCCUGAAAACUGAAAAGUUUUUUUAUUUUUACUAAUUAACGGUAACAUGUGGUUAGAUGUGAGAGCUACACUCCAGUAAAUCGAGGUGAAGUGAUGAAGUGGAGAAGUACAGAAGGGUGUAAUUGUGUGACUCAGUUGGUAGAGCAUGGCGCUCGCAAUGCCAGGGAUCGUUGUGUCCAUUCCCGCUAGGACCACCCAUGCAGAUGUAAGUCGCUUUGGAUAAAAGCAUCUGCUAAAUGGCAUAUGUAUGUAUGUAUGUACAUUGCAUUCGGAAAAUAUUCAGACCCCUUCACUUUUUCCACAUUUUGUUAUGUUACAGCCUUAUUCUAAAAUUGAUUAAAUAAAUAAAAAAUCUCAUCAAUCUACACACAAUACCCUAUAAUGACAAAGUGAAAACAGGUUUUUAGAAAUGUUUGCAAAUGUAUUAAAAAAUAAAUGUACAUAAGUAUUCAGACCCUUUGCUAUGAGACUCGAAAUUGAGCUCAGGUGCAUCCUGUUUCCAUUGAUCAUCCUUGAGAUGUUUCUACAACUUGAUUGGAGUCCACCUGUGGUAAAUGAAAUUGAUUGGACAUGAUUUGAAAAGGCACACACCUGUCUAUAUAAGGUCCCACAGUUGACAGUGCAUGUCAGAGCAAAAAUCAAGCCAUGAGGUCGAAAGAAUUGUCCGUAGAGCUCCGAGACAGGAUUGUGUCGAGGCACAGAUCUGGGGAAGGGUACCAAAACAUUUAUGCAGCAUUGAAGGUCCCCAAGAACACAGUGGCCACCAUCAUUCUUAAAUGGAAGAAGUUUGGAACCACCAAGACUCUUCCUAGAGCUGGCCGCCUGGCCAAACUGAGCAAUCGGGGAGAAGGGCCUUGGUCAGGGAGGUGAUCAAGAACCUGAUGGUCACUCUGACAGAGCUCCAGAGUUCCUAUGUGGAGGUGGGAGAACAUUCCAGAAGGACAAUCCAUCUCUGUAGCACUCCAACAAUAAGGCCUUUAUGGUAGAGUGGCCAAACGGAAGCCACUCCUCAGUAAAAGGCACAUGACAGCUCGCUUGGAGCACCUAAAGGACUCUCAGACCAUGAGAAACAAGAUUCUCUGGUCUGAUGAAACCAAGAUUGAACUCUUUGGCUUGAAUGCCAAGCAUCACAUCUGGAGGAAACCUGGCACAAGUCUCUAAAUGUCCUUGAGUGGCCCAGCCAGAACCCGGACUUGAACCCGAUCGAACAUCUCUGGAGAGACCUGAAAAUAGCUGUGCAGCGACGCUCCCCAUCUAACCCGACAGAGCUUGAGAGCAUCUGCAGAGAAGAAUGGGAGAAACUCCCCAAAUACAGGUGUGUCAAGCUUGUAGCAACAUACCCAAGAAGACUUGAGGCCGUAAUCGCUGCCAAAGGUGCUUCAACAAAGUACUGAAUAAAGGGUCUGAAUACUUAUGUAAAUGUGUUAUUUCAGUUUUUCUUUUUUUUGUAAUUAGCAAACAUUUCUAAGAACCUGUUUUUGCUUUGUCAUUAUGGGUUAUUGUGUUUAGCUUGAUGAGGGAAAAAAACAUUUAAAACCAUUUUAGAUUAAGGCUGUAACAAAACAAAAUGUGGAAAAAGUCAAGGGGUCUGGACUUUCCGAAUGCACAGUAUGUAUGUUUGUCAUUCAAUUAUAAUAAGGUGAGGUGGAAGAAUAGAGAGGAGUGUAAUAAGGCUCCCAUUGACAUGCGUGUCACCUGCUGAGGGCACAUGUGGAGGUCCUGACAACAUUGACAACACUCCUGGGUCAUGUGACACAGCAGCCAAUCAGACCCUCACACCGCUCCCUCUCUCCUGCCCAGGUAUUGGUGCUGCCGUGGAAAUGUCAGGGGCCCAAUUAGCCUCUUAUGUAGUAGACAAGCAAAAGACAACACUAACACAGAUGAAACCCUGCAUCCACACACACUGCAUGCACUGGCAAUCAUGGUGGCUCCACGCACCUGUAGCACACUGAUUUAAUUUCAAGAAAUCAAGCGCAGCAAUCACCUCCUUUCACUCUACACUGGCACUCAUGUCCAUGUUAAAGACAUGUAAUUGGAGGGGGCCUUUCUCCAAUUCUAGUGUAAUCACCCAACUCCUUCAUAUAACACUAUAGAAAACCUCCCUGUAAAUUACAACUCCAGCAAUCAGUAGAUGUGGGUUGAAUGGAAAUGAACUCACAAUUCUAUUCCAUUGUUUCUAACAUAAGAUUUGUCAUUGUUUUGUGCUCUACAGGCUACCUGGGCUACACUAGUGGUUUCUCCCUUAGCUGCAUGGUAUUCUUCCUCAGUGCGGUAUGUUUACUUCUCCAUCCUCUCUCUCCAUUCGUUAAGUUCAUCUUAGUACGUUUCAAGUUUUAAUGCCACAUGCACAAAUACAGUGAAAUGCCUUUCUUGCAAACUCAAAAUCCAACAAUGCAAUAAUCAAUAACAAUGUAUUACUAGAAGAAAAAAAAACAUGAGAAAUAAGAAUAGGAAAUAUGAAAUACACAAUAAAGUAAGUAAGCAUACUAUAUACAGGAAAUAUUUAAAAAGUCAGUUCAGUGGAUAAAGGAUUAUGUGAUUUGUCACUCAUAACUUGGCAGAUCUCCUUAUCCCUGUAUCUAUUUUCAUAGGUAUUUCAUAUAUGGGAAUGGUUUGAGUUGAUGGCAGUAAUCAAAGCAGCUAAACACAUGAAAGGGAAAGAGCUCAACCAAAUUCCUUAGACUGACUCACUCUAAUCUACUGUGAAAUGGCUUUUCUGGGCUCCGUGAUACUCCCUCUCCUUCCCUCCUCAUCCCUCCUUCAUCUCUCCAUCCAUCCUUCUUCCCCCCUUCCCCAUCAUCUCUCCCCCCUCAUCUUUCUCCUCCCAGUCCCUCUGUUUCUUCAUAUAAAAAAUCUAACAAAAAAAACACAUGACACUGAUCUCUGAGACCUGUUGCUGCAUAGCUUGACGUGUAUCCUACCUCUCUCUCUUUCUCCCUCUCUCUCAUCAUCCUCCUCUCUCUCCUUCCUCUUCCCCACUCUCCCUACAGGUGAUCUAUAAGAAGUUUCAGAUCCCCUGUCCCUUCGAGGAGUUCUCAGCAGCCAAUCACACAGUGUCUCACCUCGACAUUCACCUAAACAUCACUGACAACCAUGCUACCAAUGAUAAUGGUCUGGUACACGAGAUGGAUGACUCCCACUGCGGUGCACGCAUGUUCACCAUGAACUCUCAGGUACAGUACAGCACACCAGACUUGAGGCCCAAUGUUUCACCAUUACCCUCGUUCACUUUGUCUGUGUCCCAAAUAGCACCCUAUUCCCUAUGUAGUAAAGUACUUUUGACCAUAGCUGGUCAAAAGUAGUGCACUACAUAGGGAAUAGGGUACUAUUUGAAACGCAGUCUUUGCUCACCUAUGUACUGCAAAGGUGCAGGCCAUGUAAGUCUAGUAGAUUAGUAAAUGAGCAGUCCCUCUGAGGUUGGUCUGUGGUCUAUGGUAACACUAGGCGUUUGUGUGCUUCCUUUACAGACAGCGUAUACCAUCCCCAUCCUGGCCUUUGCCUUUGUGUGUCAUCCUGAGGUUCUGCCUAUCUACACUGAGCUCCGCAAGUGAGUGUGCCUGCCCUACCCUACCCUACUCCGUCUGUUUCCACACAGUGCCUGCCUAGUGUCAGCACAAAACCUAUGUUCAUAGGUUCCUGCAUGUAUCACGGGAGGCUGCUGAGGGGAGGACAGCUCAUAAUAAUGUCUGGAAUGGAGCAAAUGGAAUGGCAUGAAAAACACAUGGAUACCAUGUUUUUUGAUGUCCUUGAUACCAUUCUACAAAUUCCGCUCCAGCCAUUACCACGAGCCCGUCCUCCCCAAUUAAGGUGCCAUCAACCUCCUGUGACAUGUGUAUAGGAUAUGUGGCCCAUGUGGGAUUCAAACCCACAACACCUGGUGUUGCGAGCACCAUGCAAACAAUGCUCCUACCCCAAACCAACUGAGCCAUUGGAUUGGAACCACACAAUUUUCUUGUCAGUGUUGGCUGUGACGUUAACCAGUAUAUGUGUGUGUGUUAUCCAGCCCUACUCAGAGGAGGAUGCAGCACGUCUCCAACCUCUCGAUCCUUGUGAUGUACACCAUGUACUUCCUGGCUGCUCUCUUCGGCUACCUGACCUUUUACGGUGAGCACCUCCGCUUCACCACUUUAACCCCUGCCCUUUCCUCUGGCUGAAAUAAACCGUACUCCUGAUUAUGUGUGCUAUAGCCUCGGAGGCCAGGCUUCUCACGUUACGUUUCGAAAGCCUGUGGAGUUCCAAAGAGUCAUUAUGUUUCUAAUAUUUUUUCUGACUUACAACAAGCUAGCAUGCAUAAGAUACAAAACGAAUGCCGCAUAGGCCACGAGACUAGGUGUGCAGUAAUGUAUAAUCAGGGUUGGGUAGGUUACUUUCUAAAUGUAAUCCAUUACAGUUACUAGUUACCUGUCCAAAAUUGUAAUCAGUAAUGUAACUUUUGGAUUACCCAAACUCAGUAACGUAAUCUGAUUACAUUCAGUUACUUUUAGAUUACUUUCCCCUUAAGAGGCAUUAGAAGAAGACAAAAAUGUAUGUUACCAAUUGAACAACAUCUAUUGCAGGAUAAAUCAAUGUUAAAGUUUACAUAGCUGGCAAUAUAUGGAUGUUACAUUUUACUUUAUGGGUUGGUUAUGUAGGCUUCUCCUAACCCAUCACUUUCUACUACAUAUAAUAAUACAAUUAAAGUAUAUCUUUACAUUAAUAUAUAUAAUUUAUAAGUCCAAAAAUGGAUGUAGCAACUACAGAUUGCACCUUUAAGUCUAUCAAAAGUGUGCGAGUUUGACCAUGUGUCCAUUAGGACUAUGGAUUAAAUCAGCAUGAAUUAGAUUGAGCAAUAAAAAAGCCACUUUUAUUCCAUAGGCUAGGAUCUGCACUAUGCAGCUGUUGCAAGAGCGCAUUUUUCACUGGCUGUCCACUGGUUUCAAGAACAAUGAUUGAUAGGCAGCUUAAACUUCUUGAAUUCAACCAUUAUUGGGUUCAAAUACACAUUUAGAAAUAUCCUUUAUGAAUAUAAAAGUAAUCUUCGAAGUAGUCAUCUAGUUUUUUUUUAAGCAUCUGUAAUCUGAUUACAAUAUUUUUGCUGGUAAUGUAAUGGAUUACAGUUACCGUUUCUUUGUAAUCCCUUACAUGCAACAGAUUACAUGUAAUCCGUUACUCCCCACCCAACCCUGUGUAGAAUUUAACAUAAAGAUAAUAUCCAUAUGGGACACUCCCCUGUGCCCUCAUGAACAUAUUUAAUGUUAUUGAACAGUUGCAAUGUCAGUUACAAUAAUAAAUAAUUAUUACCCAAACACUUGUUUGCAGCGAGUUUCCUCACUCUAUUGGAAAUAGGAGCAUAACUCCCCCUUGUGGUCAUUAUGUAAUAAUGCACACUACACUACUAUUAUGUUAUACCUUGUGACAUGUUGGAUUAUGUGUUUCAAUGAGGAACAGCAGUCAUCAAUGUCUCAGUCAACAUAAGUAAGGCUUAGUUUGGGGUUUUAGUGUAUAAUACUGUACCUCUUGACGUUCCCACUGAUGUUACCUUUACAGGUAAGACUGAGUCAGAGCUGCUGCACACAUACAGCAGGAUUGACCCCUAUGACACGCUGAUCCUGUGCGUGCGAUUGGCUGUCCUCACCGCUGUCACACUGACCGUCCCCAUCGUGCUCUUCCCAGUAAGUUACCCCCCUCCACUAUACACUCUUCCCUCCUCUAAAAGACAGAGAACUGAUAUUGUAUACUGGCCGUUGGGGUGGGAUUGGCGUGGGGUCUGGGGGGUCCAUGGGUGGUUUUUGACCAAUCAUUUGGAUUCCUCAUGUCUUCAUCUGAAAUGACGGCUGUCAUGGCUUGCUGAAUUGAGAUGCUCAUUUGAAGUGGAAUGACCCGGUUGUUUCUGACAGUAACUCACUGAUUCCUUUACUUGACUGCCUUUUUCCCUCUCUCUCUCUCUCCCCCUCCCUCCCUCCUUCUCUCUCUGCCCCUCUCCAUCUCUCUCUCUCUCUCACUCUCUCUCUGCCCCUCUCCAUCUCUCUCUCUCUCUCUAUCCUCUCAGGUGCGCAGGGCUCUGGAUCAGAUGUUCUUUGCCAGUAAGUCAUUUAACUGGGUUCGUCACGUGGCCAUCGCCGUCGCCCUGCUCUCCUUCAUCAACAUGUUGGUCAUCUUCGCCCCCAACAUCCUGGGAAUCUUCGGCAUUAUCGGUUAGUUGCACAGAUUAAACCUAGAACUGUAAACUGUAGCUCCUGAUCUUCAUCCCUCCUCCUCUUCCUCCAUCCUCUUCCUCCUCCAGGUGCCACGUCUGCCCCCUGUCUCAUCUUUAUCUUCCCUGCUGUCUUCUACAUCCGCAUCGUGCCUAAGGAGCAGGAGCCCAUGCACUCCACCCCCAAGAUACUGGUGAGCAGAUAUCUCAUUCUCUCCCCUGUCUCACCCUAGCCAUAUGCUAUAUCACCAUAUCAUGAUGGCAUCUUUCUAAGCCUCUCCAUGAUAAUUGUAAUAUGAUCUAUAUAAUGAGUAUUGUGUCCUUAUGGUUACUGUAUGAUUAUGGUUACCCCAUUAAAAAACAUUCUAAUGAUGGUGUUUCCUCUGCCCUCUCAGGCCGCUUGUUUCGCUGGUCUGGGGGUCGCCUUCAUGACCAUGAGUUUGAGCUUCAUCAUCAUUGAUUGGACAACGGGGAGCAGCAACUCUGGCGGUGGCCACUAGAGGCCGCCCUCUGCACUGUGCAGGCUGGGGUCGGCAAGGGGUUGGCAGGGGCUUUAAGGGGAUGCCUAGGAGUGUGUGUUUUAGAACUGUUUCAUGUAAUUGAUGCACUAUCCCCUCUGUGGUAGAGCAAGUGUUAGCGGUUAAGAGUCAGAGAUGAUUGGGGGUUAGGGAGGGGGAGACAGAAUCAACGUGCUGGGCAAAACCCUGCUGAGCAUUUCAGUCUUCUUGAGGCUAAAGACUCUGACUAAACAGUCUGUACUACUGUAACGCAAUAGAGAACUUAUUUGAACAAAAGGUUUCAUAAUCACUGUAUGUAGCCCUGCACAGAGGAGUGCUUUUAUAUGAAUCAUCAGCACUAGACAUGGUAUUUUUUAAAUCAUGAUCAUUUGUAUUAUUUAUGAGUGGGAUAGUGCAUCUAAGUCAAUCUAUAAUGGAAAAUCCAGACGAAAGAAACUCAUGAUGGCUUCCCUUCCUUUCCCCCUCCCUUCAUCCAUCCUCCCAUCCUUAUUUAUCUCUUUCCAUCCGCCUGUUUCUUUCCCUCUGAUGCCUUUAUUCAUGUCAACUGCAGCUAGUACUGUACAGAAGAAGCACAGAUGGAGAUAUGGUUGACUCUAUAUGUAAAAGAAGGAAAGGAAAGCACAUGACUAUACAUUAUAUGUCAUACGGUAUCUUUGUAUGAGAUAAUCUGACAUUUUGCCAAUAGAAGAAAUAGCUACAUCUAAAGGUUAGGUGAGUGCUGUAAAACAAAGAGUCUGUGGCUGUCUUGGUAUCCUGUCUAUCACUUUGUGCCAGUAGCACUCAACUUAACCAUCAAAGUGUAAUAGGCUUUUCCAAAUAUUAUAUUGGCGCGAGCACACAAAGAUACAGUAUAUUUUCCCAUGUUAUCUCACAGGAGUGCAGUUAGCCUGUGCUGUUUUAUGUGCCAAAGCUAAGGGUGGAUGUGAUUUGUGGUUAUUGGGCUUGGUGCAAGCUGAUGUCCCAUGAUGCAUUAUGGUGUUGAACUCUUCCUGUAUCCCUGGUACAUACAGUACACUCAGAUAAUGGAAGAGUGGCGCUCAACCAACCACACACAUAGCCUUUUCGUUGAAACAGUAAUGUAUAUUUAUUUAACUAGCUAUAGCCAUGUUUUUUAAUUUCACAAGGUGAGCUAAUGGACCUCAGAACAAAGUAUUUAACUAUAUGAUCAGGUAUCUUGAUAGACUUUAUAGAUGGUAUGCACAGUCUAUAUUGUAUGAUUUUGCAUAUUGGAGGGUUUAGGUGACAGUUGAAAGUCUAGGAGGUGAGCUUGAGGGCACUGAGCUGAUUAAGAAAAAAACAUAGAGCCUUUUACAUUCAUGUUAGUUAGAUGAUCAACUGACAUCCUAGAUACAGUAUUGACUGAUUUUAUGAUCAAUUGUGUUUUAAUUUAAGAUAAACAACUUGCCUUUUUACACUAAUAGCACAUAUUUGACUCAUACUUAUAUUUCUAUAAUUAAUUUGUAAACCCUUGUUUAAAUUCAGUACAGUUCAAGUGUACCCUUUCUGUUACUAAGACGGUUAAGCUUACUGUUUUUGGAAUGACAAAAUAUGGAGGAAAUGUGUUUUAGUUAUGUGUUGGUUGUGACAUACGGUCCGUCCAUUGAACUGCUCUUUAUUGUAUUUUAAUAUCUCUUUUCCACUUGUUUUGUGAUUGAUCUUGUGGUUGCAUUUUUAGUCAAGGAAAGCAGAUGUGUCACCUGUUCAGUCUAUCUGGUGAUUGGUUGAUUAAUUCAUUAAUUUAGUAUAACUAUUGUGAUAUUCAAUCCAUAAUACGUUGAUGUUUGGGCUCUAUUUCCAAAACGUGGCUAUAUGGGUGUAUCUCGUAAUGUAUCUGGUCUCUAGCAGUGAGGUCUUGUGAUCAAGUACAGUUUGACAAUUAAGUGAAUUGUGAUUGUUAGAUUUGAAUGUGAUUCGAUAGCCCAAUGCCCCUUCUUUAGGCUUCUCAAUUUUAUAAUGCAACAUUCAAUAAUUUGUUUCUAAACAACACUGUGACAUCGUAUCUAACUUAAAUCCUGUUAUAACUGAACCAGUGACUGGACUUAACCUGUUCAAAAUGAUUCAACCAAUGUAAAGGUUAUAAUCACAAAGUGGUGUUUGUGGUGGUUACUUUGCUAAUCUAUUAUUUUUUUUAUUUAUAAUCAAGAGAAUGUUGUUGAGCUGUUUCCUUUACUCAUCAACAGCUAAAAGGUUAUUGCAUGUAUCUGCCUCAACCCCAUAUUUAUCCUGGUCUUGCUGAGGCAGUGGUUGUGGUAAAAAGGAAUGUCUGGUCAAGACCAGUCAAGGAGGCAACACCUUACCAUAGACCGGGGAUAGACAACUCAACAAUGUCUGUGGUAUAUCUCCUAAAUCAUUAGGCCUCUUCUGUCUGGGAUUGUGUAUAUAUAUCUAGCUACUACCUACUGUUUCUCUCUGACAGGCCUUGUUCUUCAUCUUUAGAGCUUUGCUACCACUAUUAUAAGGUCAGAGGCAACAUUCUCAUAAUUUGCCUCUUUUUCUUGUACCGAAACCAAACUAUGUCAGCCAGUUAACCUGUUGGUAUAGCUCUUGUUUUACCUUUGCAAUUUAUUUCUAAGGAAAUGAAAGGACUAUGAGUGAAUAACAAGUUAUAUAUUAAUUUUGGGCAUAUAAGGUGGCUUAUAUAAGUAAUGUAUAUACAUGUAAACCCUUUAUAUUCUUGAUGCAUAUCUAGCUUGUAUGGUGUAAAUAGCUGGGACAGUUUUAGUCAGACAAUUAAAAAACAAAUGUAGAAGUUUUUACUCCUGUGUCGCUUCUGUCUACUAUAGCUACUCUCAAAGUGUUCCUGCUCUAUGAUCCAUGGACCUGUACAGGUUAGGUAAGGACAGGGGCAUAAUAAUCUAGUGGAAGUUCAGCAUUGCCUUGACCAGCAUGGCAGACCAGAGGAACAUACACUACUGCACACCUGAACUCUGCCUAGAUCAUUACUGAUCAUCCUUGCUUAACCUGUACAGGUAAUAUCAACCCAAAUAUUUAUGGGACAACUAGGGGACAUUUUCUGGGCCGCUUCCAGUUAGGUUAGAUUUUCCCUUCAUGUCAAGAGAAAUAUUACUAGUUUCCAACACUCGAGGGCACUACAAACCAUUCCAUAAUGUAGUCUUGUGCACUGGGUUAUGAGAAUGUGCCUUCUCGGAUGCUUCAGUAGAAAAAGUACAGAAAAUAACAUGCACCCUUUUCAUAUGAAAAAUGUAAGUCGCUCUGGAUAAGA